AUGUUAAAAAUGGGAAUUGAAUCUAUUGAGAGUGAUGGCAAAUUAAUGUACAAAAUCAUAGAGAAGAGUGAUAAAUAUUUAACUCAGAAAUCUAAAAGUGAAAAAACAGAAAUAAAAUCAGAAGAACUCAAAGAAGAAAUAAAUAAUCAUGAAGAAUAUUAUUUUUAUUGUUUGGUGGAUUUUACAAUCUGUUGUUCAAAACAACCUAUUGGACAACAUGGUAUUUAUCAAAAUGAUGUAAAUAUGAAAGUAUUAAAAAAUCAAAUAACAACACUUGUAGAUUCUAAAGUGAUAAUUAAAAUUAUUUGUUUCAUUUGUUCUUUCAUUACAGAAAAAGAAGAAAUUCAAGAAAUUGUAUCUUCAAGUCAUUUAAAGAAAAAUAUAAAUAGAUAUUAA